AGUCAAUACAAUUUAACAUGUAGAGCUUCUAAAACAAAUAUAUAUAUUUUGAAAUAACAAAUAAAAUGAAGUUAAUAGUUUUUUUAAUUGUUUUGAUCGUUGAGAGGUUACAAUGCCGGUCUGCAAACGAUUUUUUAAAAGACGUAUUUUCAAUCGAAGAUGAUCCAAAAGAGCAAAAAUGCUCAACGAUGCAAUGUCAGACGGCAGAAUAUCUGUUAAAGAGCAUGAAUAGAUCAGUAGAUCCAUGUGAGGAUUUUUACGAGUUUACAUGUGGUUUGUGGGUAAAAGAUCAUCAAGUUAAAGCCACUAAAGUAUCUUGGUAUCAAUACAAAGAGGCGGAAAAAAGUAUAACAAAUAAUUUGAAAGAAAUUUUGGAAGACGACAAUCCUGAUAUCAUUUUAGAUCCAGCGCAAAAGUUCUACAAAAGUUGUUUGAACUCUGUGAGUAACGGAAUGAAUUUUGAAUACUUAAAAUCGAUUAUCUCAUUAUUUGGUGGAUGGCCGAUAGGACAAAAUGACUACAGCGAUAAAUUACAAUCUUUGGAUUGGAUGAAAAUGUAUAUUUACAUGGAAAAAAACUGGAAAGUGUCAACGAUUUUAGAUACUGGUAUAUCUAUUAAUUAUUUGAAUACCAGCCAAUACAUUUUAAUGAUAGGUCAGCCAGAUUUAAUGCUACCGAGAUCGAUGUUCAUGCAUCCAGAUCGUUUUAAGACUCAAAUUAACGCUUAUUCGAAACUUAUCGCCGGUACGGUAUUUUUGUUGCACGAAGAAUUUGGUUCUAAAUUGACUCGAAGCAGACAUUUCGGAGACGAAAUCGCCGGUGAAAUAAUUAAAUUCGAAACACAACUGGCCAAAAUACAAAGCACCGGAGAAAUGAAAAAAAGCCGAAAAAGCAUUAAAGAAUCGUGUAAUGACCAUAGAAGAUACUUCAAAAAGACAUAAACAACUUAUCGGAGACGUUUCAGGUUGAUUGGUUGAAAAUGUUUCGGCUACUGUUUAAAGGCACUGAUGUAUUUCUCAAAAAGACAGAAAAGAUAUUUGUAAAAGAAGAGCAUUAUCUAAGAGACCUGGUACGGUUAUUGGAAAAAACGCCAAAAAGAAUUUUAAUAAAUUAUAUGUCGUGGUGCUUUUUAAGAUCCAGGUUAUCUGAUAUCAAAGAAGAUUUGAAAAAUCUCAUUCAAGACUUUAAUGUGGUGUUCACUGGAGACGUUAAAGAAGUUUCUAGGUGGUUGGAUUGCGUAUCAAUUACCAGUUCAUAUUUUGCAUUUAAUGUUGGAUAUAAGUACGUCACCAAGUACUUCGACAAGUCUACGAAAGACAUGGCCACAGAAAUGGUUAAUAACAUUCAAGAGGCUUACAUGGAACAAUUAGAGAACAUAGUAUGGAUGGAUUCGACUACUCGUCAAUCCGCUAUCGAUAAAUUACAAUCGAUGCACAAGUUUAUCGCAUACCCUGAUUGGUUCCAAGACACUUCGUAUUCACUCAGAAAAUUAAAAAUUGUAAAUAUGACGGACAGUUAUUUAAUGAACUUGGAGAUUCUACAAAUUGAAUCAAACUUAAAAAAGCUUUCAAAAUUAAACAGUAUUCACAAUCAUACAGAAUGGACGACGGAUAUAGUUAGUGUAAACGGAUACAACGAUAUCUACUCGAACGCAAUAGUUUUGCCAGCCGGAAUGUUACAACUUCCAUUUUAUCACAAGAGUCGAAUUCAAGCUUUAAACUAUGGAAUGGUGGGCUUAGUCGUAGGACACGAAAUAAUGCAUGCAUUUGACGAUUCCGGCAGAAUGUAUGACAAACAUGGCAAUAGGCGACAAUGGUGGACUCAAGAAACAAUGGAGACGUUUUCGAUAAAAGCUGAAUGUUUCGUCCAACAGUAUAACAAUUAUAGUUUGAGUGUCCAGGGCAGUCAAGUUAAGAUAAACGGCCAAAUGACUC